AUAACCAAUUGCUAGCAUUCGCCUUAGCCAAUUCCUUCACCACUACUGUAACAGAGCUAGCUGCCAUAGCUGGAAAAUCAAACUGUUCCCGAACCCCGUGGGGAGGAGGGCCACAACAUCAUGGCCACCAACAAAACUCAGCAAAACUUGUUCUUGCUCCGGCUUUAGCUGUUGGAUAUUCGGCAGCGUUGCCACAACAGACCGAAUGGCUUUGCUCGCAUUUUUCUCCGCCGCCAUUACGGAACUACAACACAAACUAGCGCACAACAUCAAGGUCAUCGUUCCCAGCCACUCCCUCUGUUCGCUGAUUCGCCGGUAGAAAAUCAACCUGAAAAAUCUGACUUACGUACCUCAUGGCCAGACCUAUGUACAGAAGCAAAAAUAAAAUUGAGCGGAAGUACUUAGGAGGGCAGAGCCAGGCUAAGCUUUAAGUGCAUUGUUACAAAGAUUAUUUUUAGCAUGCAUUUUAAAAUAUACAAAUAAUAUGUUUAAAAACAAAGUUCCAGUUGUACACUUUAGAAAUUACAUAUACAUUUUACUUAAAGUAUAUUUUUUAUAAUAUAUUUACUAAAAGUGUACUGUAGUACAAUUUUUUUAAAGUGUGUUCAAAGUAUUAACGUUAAAAUUGGUAAAAACAUGAUGGUAGUAUACGUUUUAUAUAUUCACAGAUAGUACACUUUUUCUUAGUAUAUUUGAAAUGUACUAUUGAAAAUGUGAAUAUGCUUGAAAUACUCUAAAGUAUACUUUUUCACCUGGGCAGUGUGUUACAAAUUCAUUUGGCACAAUGUUUUAAUUAUAUGAGUGAUAUUCCACAACACAGAAAAAACUGUGCUAAAAGUGUACAGGUUUACCAUCUGUCCCCUUGGCCUUGUUUUUAUUGGCAUGUUUAAGUACACAAUGGAGCCAUAUCUCUCUAUCUCUCUUGCGUAUACCAACAUGCUUAAUAUGGAACUAUCAAACAACAGAACAAUGAGUCAAUAUUGUGUUAUUCCAAAAUAAUAAAAAACAAUGGAAACCAAGUAUUUUUCCUUAAUGUUGUUCAGACAUCUAAAAUGGACAAAAUUAUAUUACAACCGGCAAGAAUAAUAUGGAAUAAUCAAACAAAUGAUUAAUGGCUUGUAUAAUUUGUGUUGUAUGGUUAUUUCGUUAUUAAAAUAAUGAAACAACCAAAAACAAGCCGUUGACACUUAAAUGUGGGUUUGAUUUCCAAAAUGGAUGAAACUAUAUUACAGCACUAUUUUAUGUUUUCCAGUAUUGAUUGAAAAAAAACAAAUGGCCACUGGGUCAAAGUCAAAGUGAACUUUAUUGUCAAUCAGACCAUGCAACAAGUAAUUACACAGAUGUGUAAGGUACACGGACCAUCAAAGGUCUUAGAGUUUACAAUAGAUAGAUAAUUUUUAUAGUUCUUCCACCAUAAAACUUAAAAACUACAAACUAUCUAAAAAGUAUUAUAAUAUAUGAGAGAGUUUUUAGGAAGUUUGGAAUGUCUAUAGCUUUAUGGUCACAGGACUUAGACAUGUAAAAUCCCUUUCAGUGUCCACUGACUUGGCAUACAUGCUACACAUCCUUUAAUCGUCCAGACUCUGAGCUCUCUUCUUGCGCUAUUGUCAGCCAUCAUCUUUAAAACUCAAUUUAGUAUAUAAAAUAUAUGAAUGGCAGCUUAACAUUCCCUUUAGUCUAGUUUACUGUAAAGCUAAGUACAUAAAGUAUUUGUUGUAUAAUGCCAACAGAAUAUAAAUAUUUCACAUUUAUAAUUUACUAUGAAUUACAUUUAAUGGUAUGGAGUCAGAUGGUUGAGUGGUUAGGGAAUCGGGCUAGUAAUCAGAAGGUUGCUAGUUCAAUUCCCGGCUAUGCCAACCAAAUGACGUUGUGUCCUUGGGCAAGGCACUUCACCCUACUUGCCUCAGGGGAAUGACCCUGUACUUACUGUAAGUCGCUCUGGAUAAGAGCGUCUGCUAAAUGCCUAAAUGUCAUUUUCAUUUUCUUUAGACUCGACAAAUCCAAGGAAGUCUGACGUCAUCAAUGUAGACUAAACAAUUAUUUAUAGCUCGAAACAUAUCCAUCUCAUUGCAGAAUUAAAAGCACAAUUAUUAACUCAUGCAGGUCCAACAGUGCAGAUCCAUAUAUUAGAUUCAGGGUGAGCUUGGAAAUGGCAUCUCAAGAGAUACUAUGGGAUCUCUUAGUAGCAUGCAAUUUAGAAGUUGUGUGUACAGUGUGCUCUGUCAAAGUGAAUGAAAUCACUUAUACUCUUCAACCUUCAACCAAUCACAACUGCAGUAGAGAUCUACUUUUAGCUCAAGGCAAAGAUACUGACAAGUGGAGACCAAUUUCUCGUCGCCCUUCAUAUCCGAAUCCUGGACAUUACCAAGUAUGCUGGUUCUUUUUGGAGGGGUCUGGUUGUACAAGACACAAGAAUCGAUGCACGUUUCCAAGAAGCCUGGAGGAGGCAGCUGUGUGGAACUUUGAAAAACACAAUAGAGUAGACCACAGCACUUUGAUCAGACUUUUAACUGACUAUGAAAGUGAUGCAAAAUGUGAAAAGGAAGAUAUUGCAGGGUCAAGACCGACUAAUCACUCAUCGACAUACAAUUUAAAAGUAGUAUGUUCCAUUUGCUCUGUUAAAGAGGACGAAAUCACUUACAGGUGUGAAGGAGUGAUACACCAAUGCAGUAGAGAUAUUCUACUUGCUCAAGUCAAAGGUACCAGCAAAUGGAGACACAUUUCUCAACGUCCCCCACGAAACGUAAGCCAGUAUCAGUUAUGCUGGUACUUUGUGGAGGGCUCCGGUUGUACAAAACAUCAUGAAAAAUGCACAUUUGCCAGGAGCCAUGAGGAGGCUGCAGUUUGGAACUUUGAAAAACGUGAGGGUAUAGACCACAAAACGUUAAUUAAACUUGUGUCAGAGUCUGAGAGUGAUGGUGUCAACCAAGAGCAAGUGGCUAAAAACUUGUUCACUGAAUUUUUUGGGGACUUCCAAGAGCUCUGUAAAGACUGCUUCUACGGAUGUCCACCCAAAAUAACAGGAAAAAGAUGGAAUAAUACGUGUACUGAAGAUGCAGCUCAUACCUGGAACCCAGUGCUGGUCCAUCACGUAUCAGACAGUCAGGGCAAGAAUAUCUACAAUGAAAUACGUUUCCUUCCGAUAAACACUCAAUUACAAUAUUGCAACCAUGUCUUGCAAGGCAUGCCCUGUUGGCACGAGCCAACCCAGUGCCAGUCAGCCCACAGUGAAGUGGAGAUGGCUGUGUGGAGGGCAGAAUCUACUGGGAUGUUUGUUCGCCCUGAGCUUCUUCUACUGAGCAAAAACAAACAAGCCAACCCUAGACUGCAGGUGGAGAUAUACUGCAAGGCCUGCUUUUUGGUUCUGUCAUCUCAGGAGAGCUUCUACAGGCACUGUGCCUCCCUGGAGCAUGCUCGGAUGAUCUCAGACGAUACAACCACAGAAUGGAAGCAUCGCCCCCCUCCUCAUGGCCACAGGGCUCAGUUUUGGCUGUGUGACAGGUCGGACACUUGUGAAUAUGGUGGCAACUGUGUGAAAGCUCAUUCUGUGGAAGAAUUGGCGGAGUGGCUGAUGCAAACAAAAGAAGAAAGGGAGAUAAGACAAAAUAUUGAGGCUCAAGGCCUUAUGUCUUACACAGACAGUCUUCUGGAGGAAUACAGACACAGUGGAAACGAAGUGCACAUUAUUUCUGAGCAUGUUGAUGAUGUGAGCAUCACCUGUGAUGAGGAUUUGAAUGUGACUUUUGUUCAAAUUGAAGAAAAAUUCAAGUGGGAGUUCCAGAUCAAAACUGAGAGACUUCUUGCCCAUGUCGCACUAUUGAAACAAGAACCUGGAGCUUCCUUCUCCAUAGGUGAAGAUAGUUCUGAGGCCUGCACCUACUCCAGAGGGGAACAGUUCCAUAACAAAGACACAAUGGCAUAUGACAUCGCUGUGGUCUUCAAGUCUAACCACCCAGGCCUUUAUGAACAGUGGUUGGUCUUUGACUUUAACAUGAGACCUGUGCUUGUGCAGAAACUUAAAGUUAGAAUUGGAAAGCAGACUUUGACUAACUUUGAGGUAGAGAAAGGUCAGACCUCUUCUCAAAGUCUGGAACGCUGGCAUCGGGGGAGCAGGGUGAUAAUUCCAUGUUUAGAAAAAAAAGAGGCACAAGAAGAGCUUCUAAAAGAGUACAAGCCUCCUCAAAUGAGUUUGCUGUAUAAAGCCCUGGAUGUCGUCAACACACUCAAGACUCGCGAGAACUAUAAGGAUACAAUGCACAAUUUCCUGUACAAUGAGGAGAAGGCCCAAGAUCAAAUUGUUUCAAGGCUACAUUUUUGUGGGAAUUUAACUUUAUCAGCAACCCUGGAUGAUCCUCUUUUUGGGAUGAAAAUUGCCCCACAGGGUGAACUAUUUGGUGCCAUUGUAGUGCCUUAUACCCUUACCCCUGAUACACCAGAGGGUGCAGUCCUUAAACAUGAUGUACAGUCAGCACUCAUUGCACCAAUACAAUCCAACAAACAAAGUACCAAGGUGUAUGAAGCCAUCAUCCUCAGAGACACCACCAGCAAGAACAAAAUGCAUCUCCAACUCUCCAAGAGAUGCUGCUCUGAGCUAAACCUUCAACGCAAUGAGGCAACUGAAGUAGAAAUUCAGUUCCAAUUCAACCGGUUGAAGUUUUCUGAGAUGCACAAAGCAGUAGACCUCCUUCCAAACAUGAAAAUGGUGUUACCUGAUUUCCAAAACAAUAGUUUCCCUCUGAACAAAGUGCAAUAUCCCAAACUCAAUUCAAAACAACUGGCUGCAAUUGAUUUUAUCAUAGGGGACUGGGAUGGAAAGGAUAUGGCCCCCCUCCUCAUUUAUGGGCCAUUUGGAACAGGGAAAACCUUCACUCUUGCUACAGCAGCCAAGGAGCUGGUUAAGCAACCAAACACCAGGGUACUGAUCUGCACUCAUACAAACAGUUCUGCAGAUUUGUAUGUACGAGACCAUUUUCAUCCAUACAUCAUCUCUGGACAUCACCAGAUGAAACUACUCAGGCUUAAGGCAAAUAAACAAGGAGUGUCUCUUAGUGCAACUGAUGAGAUUACCCAAAAGUACUGCCUUCUGUCUCAAGAUGGAAAGUUCUUCUUACCACCAUCAAUAGAUGUCUUGCAUUGUCAUCAUGUAGUCAUCACAACAACUGCAAUGGCAAGACACCUCCAUGAUCUGAAGCUCCCGAUUGGCUACUUCACUCACAUCCUUAUUGACGAAGCUUCCCAGAUGUUGGAAUGCGAGGCCCUGAUGCCCCUUGGUCUGGCGGGGCCGAACACCCGCGUGGUUUUAGCUGGAGAUCACAUGCAAAUGGGACCAAAACUGUUCUCGGUAGAUGUUCAGCAACGCUCCAAUCACACUUUACUGAACCGACUGUUCCACUACUAUCAAGGUCAACAUAGUAAAGGCGCCUUAAAAAGCAGAAUCAUUUUCAACGAGAACUAUCGCUCAACAAAGGAAAUUGUGGAAUUUGUGUCCACUCACUUCUAUGUUGGCAAGAGUGAUGUCAUCAAAGCUGUCGGAAAUGUUCCAUCGCAUCCAAGUGGCCACUCCCUGAAGUUCCAUCACGUCAGAGGAGAAUGCCGGCUUGACACCACAUCUAUGUCAUGGUUUAAUGUAGAAGAAGUGGCAAAGGUGGUUGAAAUAGUGGAAGAUCUUCUCAGAGACUGGCCAUCCACCUGGGAACCUUCGGAUCCAAGCUCUAUUUGUGUUCUGUCAGAAGGAUGCCAGGUUAUCCAAAUCAGGAAUCAUCUGAGAAAGAAAUGCCUUGGCAGAGUCAAUGUGGAAAAUAUAGCUAAUGUACAAGGCAAACAAUUCAGGGUAAUAGUAAUGACAACUGUUCAAACACGUGAUAGCCUUGAUUCAUCUGACUCAGCUGGUCUGGAGUUCUUCAGUGACGCUCGUGUGUUGAACACAGCCAUGACCAGAGCUCAAUCCCAAGUUGUUGUGGUUGGAGAUGCUGCUGGUCUCUGUUACUUUGGGAACUGCUCAAGAACCUGGAAAUGUUUUUUAGACCAUUGCCUUAGCAAAGAUAGUGUUGAACCAAAACACCUUACCAAGAAGUUCAUUGAGGAUGAUUUGAAGGAAAUCUCACACUUUCAGAGGUCUGAAUAUCAGGGCAAGAGUUCUCAGUCUGAAACUUCAAGCACAGAGGACAACAUGGAUUUAAUUCUUCAACAGCUGACAGAGGAAUGUGACCAUUUAUCUGAUGUCCAUUCAGAAUGUGAGUUCUUAGUGAAGGAAAAGAGACUUCUCACCAUCACUGAAACUGGAAAAGAUGCGCUGUUGGAAUUGUGUGAGAAGUAUCCAAACUUCUACAAGCAAGGUGAAUUGGUCAUGGAUAAAUUAAACGCAGGCUAUAUCAUGCCAUUUGACAAUCCCAGAGAGCGCAUUGAUAUCAAAGGAAGAGGAAACUUAGGCAAGUCUUUCCCUGGUGAUGAGGUGGUGAUACAAAACAUUUACAGUCAGGAUCAGUCAGAAUGGAUGGUGUUGGGCAUCACAAAGAAAUCAUCACGUCUGUUUGUCUGUACUCUUGGAGAUGAAGAUUACCACAAAAAAAUUGAUCGAUUUUUUUCUAUAAAAAAGAUGAUACCCAUCAAUGAAAAUACCACCCAAAUUUGCAUCCUGAUGAGCAAGAAGAAACGCACUCAGAUUCCAACAUGGAAAUAUACUGAUGGACAGUGGAUGAUAGAAUCCUAUCAAAAUCUUGAUGAAAAUCUCAGGAAAAAUCAUGUUUUCUUGGUGGAGGUGAUUAACUGGAAAGACCACUGCCAUUUUCCGCUAGGCAAUGUAAUAGACAUUCUGCCAAUAGGUACAUCACUAAAGGAAGGACUAAAGAUCUUGGAUGAAGAAUAUGAAGUGCAACCACUGUAUGAAUAUCCAAGAGAUGUUCUACACGAAACUUGUUACAGUAACAAUACUGAACACAGUAACAGAGAGGACUUGCGGCAUUUGAUUACUUUCACUGUUGAUGAUAACAAAUCCAAAGUCUUAGAUGAUGCCAUUAGUGUCGCAGACAUGGGAACUCUUUAUGAAAUAGGAGUUCACAUAGCCGAUGUAGCAAGUUUUGUGAAUCCCGAAGAUCCACUGGAUCAAGCAAGUAAGAAACGUGGAGCUACAUAUUACUGCCCUGGGAAAGAACCAAUUUACAUGUUACCAAAACAACUCAGCAUCAACAACUACAGCCUUCUUCCAUGUCAAGAUCGCAGGGUGAUUUCGUUAAUUGUAACAGUUGAGAAGGAAACAGAUGCUAUUAUUGACACAAAACUUCAGCUUUCCCUAAUAAAGUCUGACAAAAAGUGGUCUUAUGAAGAGGCGGAAGAUAUUAUAAGUGAGCUGUCUGGUCAGGAGCCUAAGUAUGAUGCAGUAGAACACUGUGUGGCGGUAGCUUACCAUUUUGCCAAAGUUCAAAGGAAGACCAGGCUCCCUGACAACUGGAGCUAUGCUCGACCAGAUAAUCAUCGAAUGCCGGGAAAGAGAAGAUCCCAUCAGAUGAUUGAGGAGCUUAACAUAAUGUUUAACAAGGUUGUGUCAGAAUAUUUGGUUAAUAAACAAAAUACCAUGGACUGCACUCCCCUUAGAUGUCAAGAGGGCCCUGAUCCAGUCACAAUUAAAGACUUAAAGGAUGAACAUGCAGACCUCUUACCAUUGUCAUCCUUCUUGAGACAUCAAGUUGAUCACAAUGACAAUGUGUCAGUGAGCAAAAAAUUCCAUGUGCUGACACACAUGUGGAAGGAAAUCCAGUCAGCUGCUGAGAAAGGGGAAGUAGACAUUCUGGUUGAUCUAAUAGCUGCUGACGACAUGUACCCUCAGCUUCUUCCAGUAAUAACACAUUUUAAGAAGUGCCUGAACAAGUCAUUUUUUGUUCGCUCAAAUUCCUGUGCUAAAGCAAGUACUGGGCACUAUUCCAUGAACCUUGACUUUUAUACACAAGCAUCCUCACCUAUCCGCCGCUACCAGGACAUUAUCUUGCAAAGACUUUUACAUUCUGUUUUAAAUGGCACUCCAGUGCAAUAUUCUCCACAAGAGAUCGACAUUUUGUGCCAACAGUCUGACAACAAGUGCAAGAAAGCAGAAGAGUAUGAGAAGAAGGCAGAGAUGAUCUCCUGUGCUGUGGAAAUGAAGAAACAAAAUGCCUCAAAACUAGCAUUUGUCAUUGAUGUUGCACCAGAAAGAACAUUUUUCAAGCUGUCUUUUCCAGUCGAAAAGCAUUUAUUUCCAGACAGUUUGCCUGUUAUGUACAGAGAUUUGCAACUGGAAGAUCAACCCAUGCACAAUCUUGAAGAUAACUCUGUGACUCUGAAAUGGAGAAAACGAGUUUACUCAUUUGAGACUACCAACACUCACUUUGAGCUACAGAGGUUGCAGCAUUGUAGACCACAUAUUGAGCUUCCACAAACAAAAUGGAAAGCUAUUGUUGACUCAAUUGACCAAGACAAAUUUAACACAACCAGGUCCCUCAUAAAGAGUAUUAAUCCCUCACAAAUAGAUGGUAUGAUAAGUCUAUCAAAACAUGCUGAGAAGGAUUUGCCUGAGACUCAAAGAACUGCAGAUGAAACCAUUGAAAUGGAGCAUUAUGUAGACCUUAACAUCAAGUUAAGGCCAAGUGACAGCCUUCGAGUUCAAAUGACAUCGGAGACAAAGAGAGGUUACUGGACACCCACUGUUCAGUUAGUGCAACUCAAACCAAAGUUUGAGGUUUGUGUAGACCAUGCCAAAAACCCUGUUGAAUGCUUUGCUGAAACUCCAGAGCACCAAUCUAAGGAUCAGUAUAGGAACACUAAUGAGUAUGUUAGUAUCUGGAAACCACUGUGUGAGAUGGAGUCUGCUGCUACUGCAGUGGCUGAAGGUGACAACAUAAUCAUUGAGGACUUGAAGCUGAACUUCAGGCGUGGAAAGAAACUGGAAGGGAGUUUUGAACUGCCUUUUAAAUACAUAAAAGAAUGGGCGAUUGAAUGCAACCUUGCCAAGAGCUUACUGUGCAUUCGGAAAAGAUGUUUGGAGAUGAGUGCUAGGGUUAACCCUACAUUCCAUGAAGUAGAUCCUAGUGAUUUCACAUGGGUGGCGCACGGUAUUACAACCAAGGUAGUGGAACCCUCGCAAAAGUCAAAAAAUCCAGCCAAGAAAAUAACAUUCUACAUCAACCACUUGCCAAUGAAAACCAUUCCAGACUGCAUUUUUCAUGAGAACAUGACAUUUACAGUUGAGAUAAUCCCCAAACUAACACCCGAUGUGCGUAAAGAAAGUGCUGUGAACAAUAUUGUGAAAGCAAAUGACCUUGUCCAGAAAAUAGCACUAGGAAGACAUAUUCCUGGAGAAGCCUCACAACAACUUGUGCUUCCUUGGCAAAUCAAGAGGGAAAAGGGCCCUGAUGGACUGCCAGAGCUAAAUGACAGUCAAUGUCAGGCAGUGGAAAAAGCUAUUAAUAAGAACUUCACAAUCAUACAGGGGCCACCAGGAACUGGGAAGACAGUUGUGGGAGUGUAUAUUGUAUACUGGCUCCUUAGGCUGCUCAGCAAUGGAUCCCGGCCUCUUCAUGAUCAAAAGGACAAGAAAGAGGUUAUUCUGUACUGCGGUCCAUCCAACAAGUCUGUUGAUGUUGUCUCCGAGUACUUGCUUACAUUUGGACACAAACUGAAGCCCCUGAGGGUAUACAGCCAACAAAUGGAGAUGCAGGAAUACCCUUACCCUGGGAGCACUCUACAGCUCUCCCGCAGGUCCCUUCGCCAAGAGCAGUCCAAACCAGAACUCAGGAAGAUUACCUUGCAUCAUCGGAUACGUGAAGAUGAAAAUCCUCACGCCAAGGAAAUAAAAGAGUUUGACUGCAGAAUUUGCCUUGCCAAUCGAUCAAAAGAAAACCUCUUGACGGAUCAAGAGAUUGAUGUCUACAAGAAGCUUCUCAGAAAAGCUCGAGAGUAUGAGCUGCAGAGGCAUGAUGUCAUACUUUGCACCUGCACUGCAGCGUCCUCCCCUACACUGAUGAGAACAGUCAGUGCACGUCACAUCCUUAUUGAUGAAUGUGCCAUGGCCACCGAACCCCAGGCUCUCAUCCCUCUGGUCUGCAACCAACCCGAAAAGAUUGUGCUGCUUGGUGACCACAAACAGCUCCGACCCAUUGUCCAUCAUGAACGUGUGAAGAAGAUGGGGAUGUCAAUAUCCCUAUUUGAACGCUACAUUAAGGUCCUUAAGACCCGGACAGUAGUGCUAGAUACCCAGUAUCGGAUGCAUGAGGAUAUCUGCAAGUUUCCAUCAAAGGCAUAUUAUGAUGGACUGUUACAAACAAAAGUGGAUUGCCGAGACAGUGUUCUUUGUGCUAACCUCAAGCACACCCCAAUUGUUUUUGGUGACAUCAGAGGUGAAGAGAUUGGUUUAGUUGUGAGCACGGCAAAGGGAAAUGAAAACUCAAAAGCAAAUAGGGAAGAAAGAGAUCUUGCGGUUAACAUUGCACAACUACUGGUUAAAAAAGGCAAGAUUGAUCAACAAGGUAUAGCGAUUCUAUCUCCCUACAAUGCCCAGGUGUCCGAAAUUAGAAAAGACCUCAGUGAAAAGAAUAUGGGUGAAGUCACUGUCACUACCAUCACAAAAAGCCAAGUGAAUGGCGCUACAUCAUUCUAUCAACUGUGCGCUCACUGCCCAGUGAGGAGAUUGAGAAAGAGCCUGAUAGGGCAUGGCUGUCCAAACAUAUUGGCUUUGUUGGAGAUCCCAACCAAAUCAAUGUAGCCAUCACCAGGGCCAAAGAAGGACUGUGUAUCAUUGGUAACCAAGAGUUGUUAAACUGCAGUGGAGCUUGGAGACAACUCCUCAAUCACUAUAAGGAAAACAACUGUGUCACAAUGGCUAACAAGAUUGAUGUACAUUCAGUGGCUAAGUAGCCAUUGAGUCUUCCGACAUAACCGUUAAAGCAACAGAUUUGUGCAGCAACACCGACCUGGUCUUUCAAAUGUUUCUAGUUUCUACUUUUUAUUAUUAUACUAUAAAUUAUACUUUUUUGUGUGUGCUCUGUAAAAGUGACCUUUAAAUUAAUUAUUAUCGUAUCUAAUUCAAAUCUAAUGUUAUCUUAAAACUACUUUUUUGAAGUGAAGUGUCUGUAAGAAAAGCAUUAGUGGAUGGGUUGAAGCUGUUCUUUCACUAAACCACAACCUGGAAUAAUCUAGGUGACCAUGGUACAUGGUCCUGGACUCAGAUUUGAAUGUCAACUCUCACAUUAAUAAAGUGACCAAAACAGCUUUCUUUCACCUCAGGAAUAUAGCGAAGGUACGACCAUUCAUAAACCAAAAUGAUGCAGAGAAGCUAAUUCAUGCUUUUAUAUCCAGCCGACUGGACUACUGUAACGCACUUUUCGCUGAUCUUUUUAACAAAGCAUUUAAAUAAUCUUAUCUCAGAAGGGUUUUAUUAGUUGUAUUAUUGUUUUAUUGAUUUUUUGGAUUCCCGCAAAGACCGCGGCUUGUGUUUUGUAGAGUAACAUUUUAUUUAUAUUGGGAAACCACCAAGACUGUGGCUUUUUGUUGAAUUGUGUUCAGAAGGGUUUUAUUACUUUUAUUACUUAUAUUAUUGUUUUUAUUUAGUUUAUGUAAAGCACCUUGAGCUGCAAUUCUUGUAUGAAAUGUGCUAUAUAAAUAGACAGUAUUGCUUAAAUUCCACUUGCUGACCAAACGUGGUUGUAUUGCCCACGCUCUAGGGACUACAAGUUCUUCUUUCUUGUCUUAAGCUAUGUUUUUAAUAUUGAACAUCUGUAUUAAGUUCUGCAACCUGUUUCCUUUUUGCAUAUUGUGGAGUUCCCCUUUUGAUAGACAUGAACUAUUGAACUGAUUACAUAGCUGUCUGGAACUACUGUUUAAAAGAGUGCUCAGAUCAUGUCAUUUUUAGAGAGCCCUUCUAUAGACCUAAUUUUGGUACUAUUUUAAAACGGCUCCUCCUUGCUGCAAGAAUAAACAGAUAGGACAAGACAAA